GGCAGCGGCGUCAGCGGCGGGAGCUCCGCUCAGCACAGAGUGCUGGCAACAUGGUGGCCCCGGCGUCAGCGGCGGGAGCUCCGCUCAGCACAGACUUAGUGCUGGCAACAUGUCGGCAGCUCCCCUCAGCACAGACUGAGUGCUGGCAACAUGGCGGCUCCGGCUUCACCCGGCGGGAGCUCCUCACAACCACGGAGUUAGUGCUGGCAACAUGGCGGGAGCUGCCCUCAGGCACAGCUUAGUGCUGGCCCGGCGGGCUGGGGUCCCCCUGCCCGGAUCGAGGGCUCCGCUAGAGCCCCUCCGUUGUUUUAUAUAGACAGAGCAAGCAGCGCGCUGGGGAAACCGUGAGGGGUCACCGCCCACUCCACGCUCCCACCCAACUUGGUUUGCAGCUUCCUUUUUAUAGUUUGGGUUUCUUUGUAGAAAUCAAUAAUUGUUAUUGUUUUGUUGGAGUAAUUCUGCAAGGGUGAAAGCAGAAACAGGAACUUUGUCCCCUCUGAGCACACGUGCAGGCAGCAGUGUCACAGCCCCUAGCUGUGUCCCCAGCAGUGUGGAACUGGUCGCUCUCAUGGCUGCUGCAGACCCUGCCCUGUCCCCCGAGGAGGUGGCUCUGCUGGAGCUGGGGAAGGUGGCCCUGGACAAGGUGCCACCAGCCCCAGAUGAACACCUGGGGGACCCUGAUGCCACCCUGCCAUGGGACCAGUGUCAGCAGAACGCCCGGGGCCAGCCAGAGCUCGUGGAGACGAAGAGGCGCUCGAGUCCCGAAGGGGGCCAGGAAGAGCCAGAGGAAGCUGUUCCCACCUGCCCCACGGCGCAGGCUGAGGACGAGGAGGUGCCCCCGCUGCCUGUGGUGGCAGCCCACGUCUUUGUGCCCAUCGACCCGCACUGCAUCGAGCAGAGCCCCUUCAAGCAGAAGCAGCACCCCACCCCGUGGCCCCACGAGGAGGGCAGGGGGGACCGUGCUCCUCCCGGUGACAGACCCAGGAGCCACCAGCACAAGCAGGUCUUCCUCCCCCUUGGCCCCUCGCGCUACCGGGACGCGCUGGGCUUUGGGGGGCGCGUGGCCAAGCCCCCGGCGGAGAGUCACAGGUGCCCGUGCGCCAGGGACUGCGGCACUGAUAAUCUCAAGGUCGUGGCCUCGGUGGUAGGGGCCCUGCUCUUCUGCCCUUGCCUGCUCUAUGGGGCCUACAUCUUCCUGCCCUUCGACGCGCCGCUGCUGCCCAGCACCAGCGCCCGCCUGGUGUACACGCUGCGCUGCACCGCCUUUGCCACCUUCCCCAUCGUGCUGGGAAUGAUCGUCAGCGGCAUCUCCCGCCUCUGCUCCUCUGCCCUGGAGCCCUUUGGAGAGCUCCACAGGGAGGUGGAGAUCCACCGCACUUACGUCUCCCAGUCUGUCAACCUCUUCAUCCUCUACUUCUUCAACAUGGCUGUGCUGGCCACCUACCUGCCACAGGAGCUCCUCAAGCUCAUUCCACUGCUCACAGCGCUCUUCGCCAUCUCCCGGUUGAUUUUCUGGGUGUCCUACGCCAUCGGCCGCUCCUUCCGUGCCUUCGGCUUCAGCAUGACCUUCCUGCCGCUGCUGGCCAUGCUGCUCUGGAACCUGUAUGGCAUGUUCAUCCUGGAGCCCGAGAACCUGCUCUCCGUGGCAGCGCCAACGCCCGAGGGCCCCUCCAAGGAGAGCCGAGCCAAGCUGCGGCACUGGGGCUGAGGGAGGGAGGAGAUGGGCUCCUGAGCCCUGAACUGCCCUUAGUGCCCUGCUCAAGGACUGGCAGAUCCAGCUGUGCCCCUGCUCCCUGCCUGGACACAGUGAGGUUUUACAGAGCCCACAGCUCACAGCUUCCUGUGCAAACCCUCUGCACCAGGAGACUCCUGCUGGAAGGUGAACAAGGCCCAGAGCAAGCGAGCCCUGUUCCCUGGGAAUGGGGUGGGAUUUGCUUCCCCUCCUGCUGUAGCCAACUUUGCCCAAUAAAGCCCUUACCAAGCAGCUCUGUGGCUGGUUUGCAGAGGGUGAGUUAAAUUCCCCACGGAAUGACUCAGAGCUUUGCCUACAGGAUGCAAUCAUCCAGCCUCAAAAUUAUGUUUCCAAGAGGAAAAAAUAUUUCCCCAGACUGUCCCUCUCCCAACCCUGCAUCCCACUCCUGGGUCCCUGCAUAGCCAGUCUCACCCUGUUUGUCCCUCCUCUUCCUCCUGGUGAGGCUCAGCACCCAGUUCACAAACCAGUUGGUCAGGCAGGAGGGAGGAAGCCUCCCCAGGGAGGGAUGCAGGGAGAAGCCGGGUUGGGUGACACCAGGUUUGCCCCUGCCCACGGCUAGGGGUGGCCAGUCCUCCCCAGGAUAGGUGCUGAGCCCCUCAUUCUGCAGAUGUGAAUGGACCCCUGGGAGCUGCAUAUCUGAUGGCCUCAGUUCUCAAUCAUAACCCAAAGCAGUUAAAAUCCACCCAAUCCGAGAGAAGCCGCUCUAGCUGCAGGUCUGCCAGGUGUCUGGCUUGUCCUUCCUCCCAUCCUGCAAUGCUGUAUGACAGGAAGAGCCCACCCAAACCAGAGAAUGGGAAUCAAGGGACUGGAAUGAAGCUGUGUCAGGGAAGGUGUCUUGGUUUGAAAGACAGGUGUCUGCCAAGGAAGGCAGGAACCUCCCCUGGAAUGGAAAAUGAGACCCUCCCCUUCCCUCCAAAUUAUUUUAACUAUAAAAUCAAAGGGCUUUCAGGCAAAGAUAUGGGAAAAGUGAUAUGCAUGCACUUCUUUACUAGUAUGUACAUGUAUAAUAUAACUGGGCAAACAAACAACACCGGCAGCAAUAACAAACAAAACCAGAAAACCC